AUGACAGGAGCAUGGCAGUCCAGUGCCAGCAACUCCGUAGCUGGCGGCCAGCACCACCCCUCAGCAACAGGUGGCGCCACUGGCGGGAACCAGCCCCAAUCCGGGUCCGGCUCCAGCCCCCACGGACCACCCAUGCCUCAGCCACCGGCAGGCAUGAAACCCGGCACAGCCACUGGCUCCGACUCCGCCACCGGCGCCAAUAAUAACAAGUCAUCAGACCCGGGACCUGCUGGCAACUCUAACGCGACCACGGUUCCCAGACCAGCUAAUGGCACAGCAACUGACGUGCGUCCCACAGUGGCCGUGGCCGCUGCUUUGGCCCUGGUAGGCAUGGCUAAAUUGGUCCAGCACUCCCCAGCCAAAAGGGAAUUGCUUCAGGAAACCAAAUUAGUCACAGAUGCAGUUGCAGAGUUGGAGUGUCUUGUUGAGAACACAGCCCUGUCCAUGUCCUUGAUGAAGACUAAACCUUGCAAUUCUCCCUCCAAGGACACCUUGGUGUACCUGGCUUCCAAUGGAGGCAAAUUCACCCCAGUGCUUACUGGAGGUGUUGAAGAACUGGUUGCCAACUUGGACCAAAUACUGGCCACUAGGAGUGACCAGGACAUUAGGCUAAUUUGUCAAGAGGUCAGGGAAUACAGAAUAUACCUGGAAAACUUCAUCAAGUCAAGGUCACCUCAGGUGAUGGGAGGAGGAGACCAUCUGGUCUCAACUUUCUCCCUGGACACCAUCCCUGUAGUCCCAGCUGUGUCCCAAGGCACCAUGUGCAGCCUGGGCAGCUUCUCCUCAACAGACACCCUGUCUUACAAGGCAUGA